UGUGUGUGUGUGUCUCUGUGAGUGUGUGUUUGCAGUGUGUGUCAGACAGACAUACAGGUGUGUGUUGCUCUCAGGUGAGUGAGGAGCUGAUACUCCUAAGAGACUCUACACUUUAGUCCAGACAUGGCGAGUGGAGGGAUGCAGCUCCUGGGCUAUAUACUGGCAUUUUUAGGCUUUGUGGGUUUGAUCAUCUCCACCACCAUGACGGAGUGGAAGAUGUCCUCAUAUGCAGGAGACAAUAUUAUCACAGCGCAGGCCGUGUAUGAGGGACUGUGGCAGUCCUGCGUGUACCAGAGCACUGGCCAGAUCCAGUGUAAAGUCUACGACUCGCUCCUGCAGCUACCCUUGGAGGUCCAGGCGGCUCGAGGGUUCAUGGUGUCAGGGAUCCUGCUGUGUGGCAUCGCUGUCCUGGUGGCCGCAGUGGGUAUGAAGUGCACCAAGUGCAUGGAGGACAACAUGGAGGUCAAAAGCAAAGUGGCCAUGGCUGGAGGAGUCGUGUUUGUCGUGGCAGGUGUGGAGAUUUGGAUUAGAUUCUUCUCAGAAAGAGAUAAAACAGGAAAACGUGUGUGUGCUUUCAUUGCUACUAUCUGGUAUGGAGAUAACAUCAGACGGCAGUUCUUCAACCCCUUCACUCCGACUAACGCAAGGUACGAAUUUGGUAAAGCUCUAUAUAUUGGAUGGGGAUCGUGCUCUCUCACUGUGAUUGGCGGCAGCUUGCUGUGCUGUAACUGUGGCACGAAGAGUUCAGGAGGUCCAGCAAAACCUUACCCAGGGCCUCGUCCGAAAUAGCCCUCACAGCCCUCACAGCCCGACUAACAUUUAACGUCAGCUGCCACAUGUGUGCUGUACAACAGUGGACACUGGACAAUCACUGGAAAAUCAACACAAUUUUCAUACAAAUUAGAAUUUUUUCUAGGUUAAAAUACCAAGAAACUUUUUUUUUUUUUUUUUCACUUUCACUGCACACAUAAAUGUCAUUUUUAAACACAUAACUCCUUUUACAUAGAUUAAAUAAAAAAUUAAAUUUUUCCUCAAAUAUAUCCAUUAUUACCGGAUGAUGACAUGCAUGACUGUUGCAUGUAAUGUUGUAAUGUAAUGUUUAAAGUGUUUUUACAUAGCUUAGUAGCUAUAAAUAGUCUUUUUUUCUUUUGUCUUGAAGUUUGAAAACAAAACUAACAAAAAACAAAACAAAACACAGCUUGUCAUGUUUUUGAGAAAACUUUCCUCUGGUGGAAAACCUUCUGUUAAUAAAUUCUGGCAAUGGAGACUCCUUCAAUAAAUGUUACUUAAAUAUCUUCUUAACAACUUGAUAUUAGGUUUACAUGAAUUCUUGUAUGAGUCAUUACUAUAACAACAGCUCUGUGUAAGAACAUGCAUUCAUAUAAACCUCUCCUGGUCCAAUCAGAAUCCAGAAUUCUUGCAUCUCUGAGACACAAGUUCAUGUGAAUUGUUUUGUAAAGUAUAACAUUUUGACGAGGAUGUUUUUUGUGUCUCAAACUAAUCGAAUAAAAUUUCGUUUUUCUACAA